GCCUGCCUGCCUGCCUGUGUCACUACAGCUGUACUAGCGUGCGCAGAUGAGGUGGUCUCCUGAGUCCUGACUCUCCCCUCUCCUCUCCUCUCCUCUUGGGCAGUUGGGCUCUGGGCUGGGUGUGAACUGUCCCCCUCCCCUUCGCCUCCGCCUCCGCCCUCUGCUUCCGCUUGCCUUCACUUCAUCACACCAUUAGUCAGUCACCCCCUCCACCAGUGAGAACCGGAGAGAAAAGGUCCCGGAGAGAAAAAAAAGGUCCCAAAGAAGAGCAAUGGCGUCGCUGGCGGCGCUCCUUGCCGUCGCCUUCCUGGCCGCCGCGGUGCAGGCCGCCGACCCCUACGCCUCCUUUGACUGGGACGUCUCCUACAUCACCGCUUCCCCCCUCGGCGUGCCGCAGAAGGUGAUAGCAAUCAACAAGCAGUUCCCUGGCCCUAUCAUGAAUGUCACCACCAACUACAAUGUGGUCGUCAAUGUGCUCAACAGCUUGGAUGAGCCAGUGCUCAUCACUUGGGAUGGGAUCCAGCAAAGAAAGAAUUGCUGGCAGGAUGGAGUUCUCGGCACAACCUGCCCGAUACCCCCUGGUUGGAAUUGGACUUACAAUUUCCAAGUCAAGGACCAGAUUGGGAGCUUCUUCUACUUUCCACCCCUUAGCAUGCAGCGUGCCGCCGGGGGGUUUGGAGGUAUCACUGUCAACAACCGCGCCGUGAUCUCAGUCCCAUUCGACACGCCAGAUGGGGACAUCACGUUGUUCAUUGGGGACUGGUACAAGAAGAACCACACGGACCUGAGGAAGAUGCUGGAUGAUGGAAAGGAGUUGGGGAUGCCUGAUGGUGUUUUGAUGAAUGGCAAAGGGCCAUAUCGAUACAAUGACUCCCUCGUCCCUGAUGGCAUCGAGUACGAGACGAUCAAAGUUGAGCCAGGAAAAACAUACCGUUUCCGUGUCCAUAAUGUGGGUGUCUCUACGAGCUUGAACUUCAGGAUUCAGAACCACAACUUGGCCCUUGUUGAAGCAGAAGGUUCAUACACAAUGAAGCAGAAUUUCACAAAUCUCGACAUCCAUGUGGGGCAGUCUUACUCAUUUUUGGUCACAAUGGAUCAGAACGCAAGCAGCGAUUACUACAUUGUGGGCAGCGCUAGGUUUGUGAAUGAAUCACUCUGGACCAGAGUUACUGGUGUUGCAAUUUUGCAAUAUUCAAACUCAAAGGGAAAAGCAUCUGGUCCUCUUCCUGAUCCACCAAAUGAUGAGUACGACAAAACUUUCUCAAUGAACCAGGCGCGCUCAAUCAGGAUGAAUGUGAGCACUGGUGCUGCUCGUCCGAAUCCUCAAGGUUCAUUUCACUAUGGCUCUAUCAAUGUCAGCCAGGUUUACAAGCUAAGGAAUGAACCACCUAUUACCAUCAAUGGGAAAAAACGGACUACACUGAGUGGUAUAUCUUUUUCCCCACCUGAUACUCCCCUGAGGUUGGCAGAUCUCUAUGACAAGAAAGGAGUCUACACACUUGACUUCCCUACUAUGCCAAUUGAUGGACCGCCAGUGAUCAGAACUUCUGUCAUUAACUCCACAUACAAGAACUUUUUGGAAAUUGUAUUUCAGAACAAUGACACGAAAGUCCAGACCUACCAUAUUGAUGGAUAUGCAUUUUGGGUCGUAGGAAUGGACUAUGGUGAGUGGACUGAGAAUAGCCGGGGGACGUACAACAAGUGGGAUGGUGUUUCUCGUUGCACCACUCAGGUAUUUCCUGGAGCAUGGACUGCUGUCAUGCUGUCACUUGACAGCCCGGGUUUUUGGAAUGUACGCACAGAAAACCUCGACACAUGGUAUCUUGGUCAGGAGACUUACAUCAGGGUUGUGGAUCCAGAUGGAGGCUAUAAUGUUACUGAGAUGGUGGCUCCAGAUAACAUGCUCUAUUGUGGCCUCCUCAAGGAUAAACAGAAGGCCCAGAAACCUCAUGGUUCAUCAAGUUCAUCAGUCUAUGCAGCAAAACUAAACGGCUAUCUGCUUGCAGUUUUGGUCUCACUGGUUGCAUUGACGUUCUUCCAUUAAAAAAACUUGCCAGAUUGUGGUCAGUUGUUUGCAAAUUAGGAGGAUAUUGACAGAGUUUGAGUAGGUCCAAUUUGUAGGUUUCCAUUUAUGAUUUGUGUGGAAAUCCUGUCAUUGUGCAUCAUCUUGGGCGACAAGUGUUGUCGGAAUUUACCAGAAUUGUGUAGUGAGCGGUACACCAUUGCAUUGAGUCUGUCGGCAGUCAGCACCUGCAAGCAAGGAGUGCUGUGCUGCCUGAGAUUUUUUCUUUCUCGCAUUCAGCUAAGCUAGCUUGGAGAGUUGGAUAUUGGUUGUAGCCAUCCCAUUGCAAUUUGCAAGCAAAGUCUUAAAUGUUAAGUUGUGAAUUUGUUGGUCGAUGAGUUGAAUUGAAGAGAUCCAUAUCCUAAACGAA